UAAAGAUCACAAAGCCACUUCAGCUUCCUCUGAGCAUGUAAGAUGAAAUGAUUCAGAGUCUUGAGGUUUGAGGGAGGAUGUAUGUUAUUUACCUAUCACACAAACAUCACAAUCACCAGAACAAUAAUGCUGCUUUUGUAAUUCACUGAGUGGGUGCAUUCUCUUGAACUUUAGUUAUUAUAGUUAACAUAGCUGAUGAAAUUCCAGUUUAUUUUAUACUAGAGACUGUGGUCGACUGCAUUGAACGGUUAAAGUGCUGUUCUGAUCGUCACUGUGGUCCACAUCAAGAAUUCAGUAUUUUUUCAGUGAACAAAGAGAAAAAGGAUUGAACCCGGACAAAUCCGAUUGCAAAUGGAUAUUGACAUGACUGAUGAGAAUACGAUGGACAGUGACUACUACGACUACAACAGCGACUAUGACGACCAGCUGUGUCGCAAAGAGGAGGUGGUGAAAGUCGGAUCUGUUGUUAUUCCAAUCUUUUUCACAGUAGUGGUCGUGUUGAGCUGCAUCGGUAACAUGCUCAUUCUGGUGAUCUUUAAACUCUACGAGAGCCUCAAAACCCUGACCCAUGUCUUCAUCCUUAAUUUAGCGGUGUCAGAUUUGCUGUUCACUUUUGGACUUCCAUUUUGGGCCUCGUAUUACAUCUGGGGUUGGACAUUUGGAGAGGUUGGCUGUAAAGCUGUGAAGUUUCUGUUCUAUGUUGGCUUUUACAGCAGCGUUUUGUUCUUGACUCUAAUGACCGUUCAGCGUUACAUGGCAGUGGUUCAUCCUCUGUCUGACUGGAAGAAAUCCAGAUGCUUUUUAGUCUCUCCUUUUAUCGUUUGGAUCCUGAGUGGAACGGUUGCACUGCUCAGUUCACUUCAUAGUAAAGUCAUGAUUGAAUCUGACAAUCAAUACUGUGAAUAUGGCAGUGUUGAAUGGAAAUCUGGCAUUGCGUAUUUUCAGAAUGCUUUUUUCUUCAUUGCAUUUGUAAUCAUGGGUUACUGUUAUGGGACAAUGCUUCGGACGAUUACAAAACCACAGACUAACAAGACUGUUAGACUGACAUUUUUUAUCGUGCUGGUGUUUUUUAUUGGUUGGGCUCCAUAUAACAUUGUCAUGUUCCUAAAAUCUUUGACUAUUAAUCCUUUUACAGACUGUGAAGUAAGCAAAAGAAUCGACUAUGCGUAUUAUGCUUGCCGAAUGUUAGCUUUUACACACUGUUGCAUAAACCCAGUGAUUUUAGUUUUAGAUGCAAGGUUCUGUAAUACUUUACAAGACAUUACAAGACAAGGAAGUUUUGUGUAAAAAUUGAAGUCUGUGAAUAAUGUCUCAGAACUAUUAACUGUUUAUCACAAUAUUUCAACUUCUUGGUAAGAUAAGCUAGACCUGAAAGAGAAAAGUUGGGUGCUUAAAGGAAUAGUUCAACCAAAAAAUGAGAAUUUUCUGAAAAUGUACUCACCUUCAGGCCAUCCAAGAUGUAUUUCUGUUUCUUCAUAGCAUUACAUCACUUGCUCAAUGGAUCCUCUGCAGUGAAUAGGUGCCCUCAGAAUGAGAGUCCAAACAGCUGAUGAACAACUAAGUGUUUGUAAGUAAUCCAUCACAAAGACAUUUUUAUCUUCAAACUGCUGCUUUCUGCUAAAAUAAAGUAGUCUACACUAGUGGUGUCAAAAUUAGUGCGUUAAAAGAGAAGUUCACUUCCAGAACAACAAUUUACAAAUAAUUUACUCACCCCCUUGUCAUCCAAGAUGUUCAUGUCUUUCUGUCUUCAGUCGUAAAGAA